AUGAUGACAACGAUUCCCAAUCUUCCAGACGAAUUGGAAUCGGAAAUACUCUCUAGGGUUCCGGCGAAGUCUCUAGCGAAAUGGAAGACUAUUUGCAAACGAUGGUACGCUUUGUUCAGAGAUCCGAGAUUCGUGAAGAAGAACUUGUGUAAAUCAGCGAGGGAAGUGAUGUUACUGAUGAAUGAUAGGGUUCACUCAAUUAGCGUCAAUCGCCAUGGAAUUGACGACAGAUUUGAACCAUCUAUGGAGUUUUCAGGUAAACUCAGGAGUCUAAUUGAUUCGAAAGACGUCAAAGUAUCAAAGGAGGCAAACUUGGCAAGAAGCCUUAACACAAUGUACGCGAAACUCAAAUCUAACCGCAUAUCCAAAUUAUGUGGUGGAGUAAUGAACCACUUCAACAUACGUUAG